CUCACCCCUACAACAUAAAACUCGACAAAAAUUGUCCGAACUCACAAACUAAAUCUUUUAUUACAAUGGCAAAAAUUGCACCAGAUCCUUCUCCCCUCCUCAUCUUCCUCCUCCUCCUCCACCACGCCACCGCCGCAAUGCCCCCCACCUCGUCGCCGUCCGCCCCCACCCCCUCCUCCACCCCUACCCCGAAACCCCCCUCCCGAUCCUCCCCCAUUUCCUCCUCAACCCUCGACCCCAAACAGCUCCGAGCACUCCAAUCCCUCAACAUCCCCACCUCCAAAGACCCCUGCUCCCCAUCGCCGCCGCACUCCGCCGCCGCAUCCUGCGACUCCUCCGCCCCCUUCCGCCACCUCCUCUCCCUCACCCUCUCCAACUGCUCCGAAGACGUGGCCCUCUCCCUCACCGCCCUCAAAUCCCUCUCCACCCUCACAUCCCUCAGCUUCGUCAACUGCCCCGUCACGCCCAUCAGAUUCCCCGCCGAGCUCACCUCGAAUCUCCACAGCUUCACCUGCAUCAACAGCCUCGAGAAACUCACCGGCGUCUGGCUCAGCCGCCUGCAGAAUGUCACCGACCUCACCGUGUCGCACGUCGGCGUCACCGCCAGCGGCCCCACAAUCAUCCUCGGCGGCAUGAAAUUCUUGCAUUCCGUCACUCUCUCGCACACCAAUCUCUCCGGCUAUCUCCCCAAACACUGGCAUCCCAACCUCACCUUCGUCGAUUUAUCCGCCAAUCAUCUCAGGGGAAAGAUACCCAUUUCUCUCACCCGCCUCGAGAAUCUCGUGCAUCUGAAUCUCUCUUCCAAUUCCCUCAACGAAACGAUUCCGACCACCAUUGGCGACUUGAGCUCCUUGCAGAAUCUUUCUCUCGCGUCGAAUUCGCUAUCUGGGCCGAUUCCGGAAUCCUUAGCUGCAUUGCCGGCGCUGACGCAUCUUGAUCUGAGCUCCAAUCAGCUGAAUGGGACGAUACCCAAUUUCAUCAGAGACAUGAAGAAGCUGAAGUACUUGAAUCUCGCGAGCAACAGCUUCCAUGGCGUCUUGCCUUUCAAUGCGACGUUUAUAAAGAGAUUGGAGGUGUUCAAGGUGGGUGCAAACUCCAAUCUUUGUUACAAUCACACGGUUUUGGGGUCGAAGGUGAAGCUUGGGAUCGCUGCCUGUGAUAAACACGGGCUGCCGCUGUCGCCGCCGCCGGCGAAGAAUUCGGCGGCCGAUGAUUCGAGUGAUGGCUCCGACGACGAUUAUGAUGAUGACAAUGUGUUGGAAAAGAAGCAUCACAAUGGGCCCAGUAAGGUUGUUCUUGGUGUUGCAAUUGGGCUUUCUGCCAUUGUGUUUUUGAUUGUUUUCUUGGUUCUUUUAUCUAAAUGCUGUAAAUGAAAUUGAAUUCUUUUCUUGGUUGAUUAGGUUAGGGGGAAUUAUUGUGACCUUCAAAAGAUGAGUUUAUUGAGUUUGUUUCUAUGAUUUAUUUUGGUGAAAAGAAUUUCGAGAAA